AUGUCGAGCUCCAACUCUCCCGCCUCGCAAUCCUCCAACAAUUACGUCGAGCAGACCGUCUCGGUCUUGAGCUCGAUUGCCAGCUACAUGCGUCUGCCCGCGUUGGCUUCAACGUCUCCUCCGUCGCUGUCUUCCUCUUCCUCUUCCUCUCCCUGCCUCCUUUCCAUUACUGCUCGAGUGACCCGCAACAUCAUCUUGCCGAGACCCGCGCUAACCACCUGCAUUAGGGCUCUCAUUUACCCGAGUAACAUUCCUGCAAAUUCUCGCUCGGACGUCCCCAAACCCUCCGACUUUGGCAUCUCAAAUUUCGAAGAACUCUACAUACCGACCGACGAUGGCGAGAAGCUUUCAGCCUUCUACAUCCGUGGCCCUCGCGGCCACAAGAACUCAAACAUCACCAUUCUGAUGUUCCAUGGUAAUGCUGGCAACAUUGGCCAUCGGUUACCCAUCGCUCGCAUGAUUAUAAACUACAUUGGAUGCAAUGUCUUCAUGCUCGAGUAUAGAGGCUACGGUUCUUCGACCGGCCAGCCUGACGAGUCGGGUCUAAAUAUUGACGCCCAGACUGGUCUUAACUACCUGCGGCAGCGGGCCGAGACACGCGAUCACAAGCUCAUGGUUUACGGGCAGAGUCUGGGUGGCGCCGUUGCCAUCAAGCUUGUUUCCAAGAACCAGGAAGCGGGUGAUAUCGCUGGCCUGAUCCUCGAGAAUACCUUUCUCUCUAUCCGGAAGCUCAUCCCUUCCGUCGUGCCCCCCGCGAAAUACCUUACCCUGCUAUGCCACCAAGUCUGGCCCAGUGAGUCGGUUCUGCCCAACAUCACAAAGGUGCCUACGCUUUUCAUCAGUGGCUUGCAGGAUGAGAUUGUCCCACCAAAACACAUGAAACAGUUGUACGAGAUUUCUGCAGCGCCCACCAAGCGGUGGAAGCCCCUCCCUGCUGGCGACCAUAACUCAAGUGUCCUCGAAGAAGGCUACUUUGAAGCCAUGUCAGACUUCAUUGCCGAAGUGACAGGUGACCAAGAGAAAGAAAAGGCACGUUCGUAG